CAAACAAAGGUGUGAGAGACCUUUGUCUCCUGAAGACCUCAACCCUCCCACCAUCUUGAGGGAGCACGGACGAAGGGGUGGGAGACCUUUGUCUAGUGGAGGCACCAACCCUUCUGCCACCAUGAAGGGGCACAGGCAAAGGGGUGAGGGCCCUUUGUCUUGUGCAGAGAACCAGCCUUCUACCACCAGGCAGCGAGAACAAAGGGAGGUGAGCUCCUUGUUCUUCGUUGGCACCAACCCUUCCACCACCAUGAAGGAGCACAAGCAAAAGGGUGAGGGCCCUUUGUCUUGUGCAGACAACAAGGCCUCUACCACCAGGCAGCAGGCAUGGAGGAGUGAGAGCUCUUCGUCUUCAUCUUCUGAAGAAGACGAGCCUUCUACCAUGAGGAGGCAGCAACAACAAAGUCCUGUGUCCUUCAUAGAGAUCAACCUUUCUACCACCUUCAGUCAGGAUGGACGAAGUGGUGGCAGCCCUUCCUCUACAUCUUCAUCUUAUGAAGACGACGAGCCGGCUAAUAGCUUUUUAUCCAUCCAUCUGAGUGCAAGAGGGAACUUAGGGGAUGCAAGACAAAAUGAGGCAACAGAAAGAGUGAAAAGAGAAAGAGAGAGGUGUGAAAAGAUGAAGAAAAAGCACGAGGAGCAGGAGAGGAAAACUUUUGGUCUGCUUUCAAGGAUUUACAUUUGGUGGCUCAACCGCAAGAUAGACCGCAUUGCUAGAGAAGUCCAAUCAACCGUCGUGGAUGAGCGCAACCUCCUGCGUCACGGUCACCUCAGUAAUUCAAAGAAAAUUUCAGAAAAAGAACGACUGCUUGACCGAAGGACGAAGCUGGUUGUGUACAAACACAGACAAGAAUUUAAGGUGGAGAGGGAAAUGAGGCAGCAAAGACUGAAGAUAAAGAGGAAGGAAGAAAAGGUUUUGAAGAUGGCGAAUAUCUCAGAGUUAUGCGACAACCCAGAAAUGCCAACGCCAGACAGGCGUAGUCUCAAAUUAUAUAGCAUUUAAGAGAAAAAGGAGAGCAAUCAGAAAAAUGGCACCAAAUAGAAAGAGAUUUGACAAAACUGAAGUAAAGAAAAGUUUAAAAUUCUAUUAAAACAUUAGCAACCACCAUCAAAUAUCCUCCCAACCACCUGAUAACACCCUAGAUGCUUUAAUUCAAUUACAAAACGAUUAGCCCCCCUUAUGAAAUUAUACAAGUCUCUUGAUUUCU